UUUAACCCACGGUCCACCGGAAGGCUUCCCUCUUUGAUUUCGCAUUUUGGUGCUCCCCGGCAGCUGCGAGCGCCGCCGCCAUUUACUCCCUGCCUCGGGGCGGACUCAUUUCUCUGAGGGCUCCUUCCUUCCUUGUUGGCGAUGAGGAGGCACGGGUGGCAGCUACCCUACCAUCCUCUCCAGGUGGUGGCGAUAGCGGUCUUCCUGGCGCUCGGAUUCGCUUUCUACGUCUUCUUUGUUCCCUUUGUUGGUGGAGAUAGGCUGCAGUAUUUGCUCAUGGGCCUCUAUACCCCACUGAUCACCUGCGUUAUCCUAUUAUAUAUAUGGUGUGCUGGAACAGAUCCUGGUGAUCCAGGCAUUUUCUUAAAUUCAAAAAGGCCACCUGAAAAGCAAGGAAGUUCAACUCACGAAUAUCCAGAAGGAGUGUCAUUCAGCAAUUGUUGCAGGGUUGUUCAUAACAGUGAGAAUAUAAGCAAUAAUUUUGAAGUAAAGGAUUCAUCUUCAUACCUGACAUUUACCAGGGUUCUUUGCUUGAUAUACUUCCCGUUUUCUUGCUUAUGCAAAAGAUGGUUCCACUCAGAUGAUCAAUCUUCAGAACAGAACACAAGUGAAGAAGGCAUGUUUUUCUGCAGCUUGUGUAAAGCAGAGGUCUUGCAGCACAGUAAGCAUUGUAGGGUUUGUAACAAGUGUGUCGAUGGCUUUGACCACCACUGUAGGUGGCUCAACAAUUGCAUAGGAAAAAGAAACUACAAAGGAUUCUUCAUCCUAUUGGCUUCAGCAGUUCUCUUGCUUAUAAUGAAGUGGUUAGUGGGUGCUCUUGUGUUGAUUCUUUUCUUUAUGAAGCGGGGAGAAUUCUCUGGGCAGAUAACCUCAAAACUUGGAAGCAGCUUCUCAGUUGUGGCUUUUGUAAUUGUCGUGGUGACAUGUACAUUGCUAGCGAUGGUUGCAACAAUACCACUCUCACAACUUCUAUGCUUCCACAUUCUUCUUAUCAAGAAAGGAAUUAGUACAUACGAUUAUAUUGUAGCUUUGAGAGAGCAAGAGCAACAAGAACAUUCGGAGCACCAGAGCCCACAGAUAUCCAUCAUUAGCUCUAUCACAGGACUUAGUACCAGUAGCUCUUUUGGUCCACUUCAUCGUGGAUCAUGGUGUACUCCACCAAGACUAUUAGUUGAAGAUCAGGAUGUUUUUCAUCCGGAUAUGCCACAGAAUUCCACUGGCAAGAAGGCCAGGAAAGACGAAGGAAGCAAAAGGAAACCACCAGGAGCUGUAAAAAUCAGCACAUGGUCACUGGCUCGCCUUAACGCAGAGGACGUCACGAAGGCAGCUGUUGAGGCCAAGAAGAGAUCUAAAGUCCUCCAGCCGAUCACAAGGCGGGGGAAUAUUCUUAAACCUGACAAGAGAACAGACAAAAGCAGGGUGUUCCUACCUGUACCUGAACAAUCUCCGGAUCCCAUGGCAAGGACAUCCGCAAGUGGAACCGACGGUAAUUUGAGCGACAUGAUGAUGGAAACACCCGCUAGCUUAGCCCCAUUGCAGCACGAGGCCAGGAGUGACUACCAACCCAGUGCUGUGACGUCUAUCAUGAACCUCAACCUUACUUCAUCACCGGAGAGUAGCUUGGAGUCACCUGAUCUCCACCCCUUCCGUAUCUCCAUGUCAGGAGCAGAUGAACUCCGAAGCUUCAUGUCACUUGCAGCCUCAGAGUCAACUGCUCAGAAGACUAUUGCACUUUCGAGGUCGACAAGCGGUGGGUAUGAAGCCUCGGGAGGCGACGACAGCGACCAAAUACCCUCUAGAAUUGUGCACAGGUCGUCCAAUUGGACAAAUGUCAUUCUCAAUUCAGGUAGGCAGGCAACUAUGUCCGAUCUGAACUUGCCUAGGCUACACCUGUAGGGUUCAUAACUAACACCAGGCUGACAUAGCUCAAAAUUGUGAGUUGCUGACUUCUUAAUUAGCUAUGUGUUGUUAGCCUGUGAGCAUGCAUUGGUCAGAACCAGUGUUGGGAACCUGGUUUUUGGGUUUAAGAGUCGGGUUAUGUUUUGCGAUCAAUAAAUACAUGUGCCUUUCCAAGCUGUCUAUUGUUACUUUGACCAUAGUUUUCGGUAA